AUGCAGAACGGCAAAGGGGAGUCUCUGGAGAAAGGCAUCUGGGCGGCGGUGGUCAUUUCGGCGGUGAUCGUCGUCUUGAGGAUCUUUGCAAAGGUCAAGAUCAAGCGAUUCGCCGCCGAUGAUAUCUUGAUGAUCUUUGCGCAGAUUCUCAUCAUCAUCUCCACGGCAUUUCUGAGUCUCUCCGUCAGACACGGAUUCGGUAUCAACCUCACGCAUUUGACCGACGCGGAUCGAGAAGCGGUGCUGAAAUAUAUUGCGAUUCAAAUCCCCCUCGUGACCAUCAGUACCACCACGGCCCGAACAGCCUUCAUCAUCUACCUUCUCGCAGUCCUUGGCACAAACAAGGGCUAUCGCGUUGUACUUUGGGUCCUUUGCGUGAUUCAGGCGGCGGGUAACAUUGUCUCGGCCGUCUUGCCAUUGAGUAUCUGCAAAGAUGCCAGGGCGUUGUGGAGUUUGGAGGCGGCCAUGCACACAACGUGUGGUGACGUAGAGGCGGUCAUCAAAUUUGCCUACUAUUCCAACACAUUCAACUCAGCCACGGAUUUCUUCCUGGCCGUCUUCCCGGCCGUGGUAUUCUGGAACCUGAACCUCAAGAUGCGCAUUAAGAUCGGUCUGAUCUUCUUGCUGAGCAUCGGUUUUGUUGCGAUGAUUGCUUCCAUUAUCAAGACCACGAAACUAGACACCCUGCCGAGUGUCACCCAAAUUGGCGUCGACGGGGCCACCGAAUUGAUCCGCUGGGGCUACGUCGAGAACAGUAUCAUUAUCAUCACUUCAUCCAUUCCUUGCAUCCGUCCCUUGAUAAUCUCCUCUGUGCGCAAAUUCUCCAGCGUCACACGAUCCUACGAACUCAGCGGUCCCUUCAGCGGCCACCGCACGGGACAGAACGACACUCACCAUUCCAAGAUGGCUCGACGAUUCACCAAAUCCCACAAUUUAGACAACAACAACAGCGUCGAGCGUAUCUUGAACCCCUCUCACACCCACACCAGUACCACCGUUGGUGGCCGAUCAGAAUCUCCUGAUGGAUACCCCGGUAUCACCAAACAAGUCGAGAUCACAGUGAUCUCGGACGAGCAUCAAGGUCGAGGUUAA